UAUUACGGGAACGGGAAUAUGUUAGAGUAUAUUCGAUCGUGUAUACGUGCGUAUGUAUCGAACAAAUCGGAGUAUCUAUAAUUCAUCAAAGCUUAAAAAAACGAAUAGGCGUACAAAUAAUUUUAAACAGGACGAAAUUAGAGAAAAUUAUUUAUGUGGCUGUCAUAACGAACGAAGCGUACACUAUUUUGCAAGUCGGCAAUAAUCGGUUACUUAAUUAACGAAUUAAUUAGCCGUGAAGAAGUGGAGAAAUAUAGAUGGUGCUCGUCGCGUGGAUGAAGCAAUAGAAGGCUGAACUCAGCGCGCACCAAGUCAAUAUUUGAUCCAUAAGAAUCACGACCGUUGUCGAACGUAAGCUGUGAGAUGAUGAGAGAAUAUUUAUAAAAAUGUGCGCCUUAUUUAAACAAGAACACACACGUACGCGCGUAAAUUCUUGCGUAUACAACAUAUGUUAUUGCACGAAGCGCAAGAAGUCUAGCAAAAGUAGUUACUUUGGAUUCUCCGACGCCGAUUGACGUAAUUCUGCAUGAGAUUUAAGGAAAGCAGUGAUGCUAAUUAACCUUAAUUAACACCUCUGCAUUUAGCUCCAGCUAGAUAGAGAGUGAAGAGUUUUAUUAUCCGAUCGGAGCUCAUCAAGUAGUCAACCUUUCAGUCAGUCUGUUAUCUGCGAUUCUCGCGCAUAUGUACAUAUUCGAAUUGUCAUAAACUCAUGCCACGCGUCAUACACGAUCAAGCUGUAAUUAUUAAAAUAUGAAUGAAGAAAGAAUCUCUUUCCAUGGAGAAUAAGAUGGAUGUUUAGCCAUAUUAUACCUUCUGCUGAUGAACAUUUUUUAACGACAAGCAAGUGGAUGCGUACAAAGAGUUCUUUCCUAACUGGUACUUUGGAUAGUUCGGAGGAGGCAUUAUAAGAAGCAAUUAUGAAUUCAAAGCAAGCGGAAAUAUGGCUGGCGGUGUUGUAUAUCGGAUCCAUGAUAUUCUCCGUCACGUCUGUUAUAUCUCUGGUGACUACAUGGCAGAAUUGGGUAGUAACGUUAGACGGUUGCAUCGACGUUGAUUGCGGCUGUAUAUUGUACGGUAUCAAUACAUUUCGCACAUUUCUCGGCGGCGACGAAAAACUAUGCCAUUUCGCCGCGUACGCUCUCACACCCAUCAUAAUAAUCAGCUUGUGUCUUGGCGCCUAUCAUGGAUACAGAUGUUGCAUACAUAAAAACUUAAACGAACCUAAACAAAUUAAUGGGGGACAAAUGUACAAUGACGACAGAAGAAAUCAUAAUGGGUAUGUUGUGGUCCAUAUAAAGAAGAGAGUUACUUUUAAGAGGUGGAUGCCUAUCGGUUUCCUCGCAGCGUUGGUCUGCUGCCUGUCUCUCGCCCACGCGGUCGUGAUAACCGAUGGCUACUAUAAAACUUGCGAACAGUAUAGACGAAAUCUCAUUCAACUCUUGGGUUCGAGAGGCCGCGAAAUUUUAGCGAUUCAUAACAGGUUGUCGUGCGGUGCAAUUUUCGAUUUCAUGGAUUAUGUUGAGCCAGAUAAGAAUAACUGGAGUCGCACCGAGAUGAACACCGGGAUCGCGCUUCAUCUCGCAAUAUAUACGAGCUGGUUCAAUUUCGUCGCUUGGAUGGUCGCGUGCUCUAUAAACUUCAUCAUGGCGAGGAAAAGGCAGCGCAAGUUAGGAGAAAAAUUUUGUUGCUGUUGAAUGACAUCCUUUAUAAAAUUAAUUAGUGGCAAAUUCUUUGACAGUAUUUUGGUAAAAUAUGAUAUAAUAAAUGAGGAUUUCCUCUGAAGAAAUAUAACAGAACAUAGGUUAUAUAUUCGCGUAUAUAAUUGAUACUCGUAUUAAUAGUAUACAUUUUAUUUAUGUAUUUUAUACAGAGAUAUAGUGUUUUCAAUAACUAUUUUCUUCGUAUUUGUGCCUAAUAUCAAAAAAUUAAAGAUUCAUCUGCUCUGCCGUGGAAAAUAAUCGCGUUCCUCUUUCAUAUUCUAUAUAAUCCCAUUCUCUUUAUACAUUUUUACACGAUUUUUAUUACUAUAUUACACAUACACAUGUGCGCACACAUUGGAACUAUAUUUUUGAUCGUCCCAUGAAGUUUAAAAAUCCACACUGUGUUAAACUUAGUAUAAACGAGAGCGCGUUAUUUCUUUAUUAUCUUGUUGAAAUAUGAUAAUUAUAUUAUUCAUGAUAAAAUUGGUAAAAAAUACUCUAUAACCUGUUAGUGCAGGCAGUGACACAAUUUAAAUAUAACUAAUAAAAUAUAUCCGUAAAACUUCCCGACACACAUAUUUAGGACAUUUAUUUUUUUCCUGCGUGACAUACAUGAAAAAGAAUACGAAGAAGAAAAAACCUAUAAACCAUACAAUAAAUAAAACAAUAUGUGAAAAUUUAAAGAAGGAAUGUAUCGUAUCUAUAUACUAUAUACGCGUAGAAGUAAAUCAUAAGAAUUUAUACAAUCGAAUUAUAUUCUUCUUAGGGUGUUAAAUUAAAAAUGCUCAGUAUUUCCUAGUACCUCCAGUUAGUUCUAUUUUAUACAUGGUGCACAGAAUGAUGAAGUAUAUUAUUUUAAGGCUUGGAAUAACAACGGUUCUUCCGUAUGUUCAAUAAAUACAUUGAAAUUAUUACUUCUCGUUGAAUUUUCAUCAUGUCGGUUCGCUGAAAUUUAAUGUUUAAUUUUCUAUGUUUACAUAAAUAACUCUUAUUUUUCCAAUGACGACAUUAAAAAUAUGUUUUAACUUCCCCUAUAAAUAUACAUACAUCUCACCGUUAUGUAUAGGAACUAAACAGAAAACAAUUUCUUAGAUACAUUAUCCCUUACAUAUACAAAUACAAUUGACUCUGUUUAUCUUAUAAUACUAUCAGCUUUUAUUCUACACAACAGCAGAGACUUGCAAGCUUGAACGCUACUCGAUAAAGGAAGGCACCUAAAUCAUACAAGCUAUAAUAUCUACAAAUUAUGUUACAUUUUGUUAUAUACAUAUAUAUGAGGCGGGGCAUUUUAAUCGCUAUAGGCAGAUAUCUAGAGAACUAAGAGAGAUAAAAAAGUUGUAUGUAAAAGUUAUAAAUUUUCUUGGGAGGAAGAAGAAAAUAACGGAUUUUAAGAGCUAUACUAAGGUCAAGAUCAACAUAAAUUCUUUAAAUGAAAACUCCUAUUUUUUGUUGUAUAUUUUUGUUGUAUAUUUUAACUGACGUCAAGACGUUUUCAAAACAUUGAUUAUAAUCAAUUAUAGUUUUAAGUUGAAAACUAGAGUGCAAUCUAUUUCAGGCUGCAAAUGCUUUGAAAUAUUCUUUGAUUGAUCAAUUCAAAAAAUUCUUUCUUCCUGAUUAGCUGACGAAGCAUUUGCAGCGUUAAAUGGUUCGCACUUUAAAAAAUAGGGGUUUCCGUUUAAAUAAAAAAUUCAUAUCUACUUUGACUAGUUCUUGUAACAUCUCCUAUUCAAAAUUCGUUUUUCACUUUCUUUCCUCUAAAAAAACAUACAUUUUACGAAAUUUUAUAUAAAUUUUUUUACCUCUCUCAAAGGGAUGCUGGAGUAACCAAAUUAUCACAUUACAAUCGUA